AUGAGGGAUGUCGAUCCCUUGGAGACUGAAGAUGAUAGCGGUCAAACGGAUCAGACAUCGGGGCCAUAUUCGGCAGGCACAAGCUACGAUGACGCCGAUACAGAGCCAGAUAGUCUGGCUCUGGAACAGUUGAAACGACGAGGUCUCUUGCCAACUGGUCUUUGCUACGACAGCAGGAUGAAAAUGCACAUGAAUGCCGAGUUCAGCAACAACGCCCAUCACCCGGAAGACCCUAGGCGCAUACACGAGAUCUUUGAGGCUUUCAAGCGCGCCGGCUUGAUUUACCAGGGGCCGCCAGAACUCGCUGCCAGAGUGUUCAAAGAGAUGCCCACGCGGUACAUGUGGCGCAUACCAGCGAGAUUCGCUCUGGAUGAGGAGAUAUGUCUGGCGCACACACCAGCCCACCUGUCUUGGGUCAAGGAGACGGAGAACAUGAGUCUUGCGGAGCUACGCGAGUUGACUAAGAGGUACGACUCGACACGCGAGUCCCUCUACGUGGGUAGCCUCUCUUGCUACGCAGCGACCUUAUCAGCGGGCGGUGCAGUUGACACGUGCAAAAACGUCGUUGCCGGGAAUGUCAAGAACGCGUUCGCGGUGAUCCGGCCUCCCGGACAUCACGCUGAGAUGGACCAGCCAAUGGGAUUUUGCUUCUUUAACAAUGUUCCAGUGGCGGUACGCACAUGCCAGAAGGAAUACCCCGAGACGUGCCGGAAGGUCCUCAUCCUGGAUUGGGACGUACACCAUGGCAACGGCAUCCAGAACAUCUUUUAUGAUGAUCCAAACGUACUCUAUAUCUCUCUGCACGUCUACAUGGACGGAAGCUUCUAUCCUGGACGACCCGAGAAUGAUGAAAUCCCAGACGGGGGCAUCGAGCACUGUGGUGUUGGCGCAGGACUAGGGACCAACGUCAACAUUGGAUGGCAUGCGCAAGGCAUGGGGGAUGGAGAAUAUAUGGCCGCCUUCCAGAAGAUUGUGAUGCCCAUCGCCCAGGAGUUCAACCCCGACUUCGUGGUAAUCUCCGCCGGCUUUGACGCGGCGGAUGGGGAUGAGCUGGGGGCGUGCUUCGUCACACCAGCGUGUUACGCGCACAUGACACACAUGCUCAUGUCGCUCGCCAACGGGCGUCUAGCCGUCUGUCUAGAAGGAGGCUACAACCUGGACGCAAUCUCGAAUUCGGCCGUUGCGGUUGCGCGCACGCUCAUGGGCGAGCCGCCUCCACAGAUGACCAUAGCGAAACUCAACAAGGAGGCGGCUAGAGUCCUGAACAAGGUACAGGUCUAUCAGUCGCACUAUUGGCAGUGCAUGCGUCCCGGCGUGGUCGACAUGGCGCUCGCCCAGUCUAACAGGUCGCAGCGUUUGCAUGAUUUUGUGAGAAAUGCCCAGAAGGAUGUGUUGAUGAUGAAGCAUCACAUGGUACCAUUGUACAUUCAACGGGAGAAGCUUCACCGCACCUUUGAAAACCAGGUCCUAGUCACGCCAACAAUCGAGACGGCGAGCAAGGUUUUGAUCGUCAUCCAUGACCCGCCUGAGCUGCUGUCGCAGCCGGAUUACGGCGACCACACGCGCCUUGAGCUACACAAUUCGUUCAUCGUGGAUGGAGUCACGAGCUAUAUCGAUUGGGCGCGUAAAGAAGGCUUUGGUGUCAUGGACAUCAACGUGCCUAACUGUGCGGAGAGAACAGACGCAAGUGCUCACAUGCCGCCACAAAUCGCGAGUCUCAUGGAGUGGCUUUGGGACAACUACAUCGAGCUGUACGACGCAGACCACAUCUUCCUGCUAGGUGUGGGUAAUGCCUACCUCGGAGUGAAGAUGCUCCUCAUCAACAGGCGUGAAUAUACUGUAGCCUGCAGAGAGCGCAUUUCUGGGGUCGUCAACUUUGUGAACGGCAAUCUGCGACCCGUCAAGUCUCAAACUGACGAUGGGCUGUCCCCCUGGUACAAGCAAAACUCUCAAGUCUACGUUGCAGCCGACCACAAUUGCUGGCUGGAUCCCUCGCUCACCCAGAAGAUUGAGAAGCGCCGGUUCGGUACCGUUGUUCGUAGUAAGGAGAGUGGAUUGACCAGAAUGAUGGAUGCGCACGCCGAAGAUGUACAACGGUGGAUACAGGAUCGGGUUUCUGAGGAAGAGGAGAGUGGCGAUACCACGGCAGAGUCGGCCUAA